AGAGAGCUGCUGGAGUAGGAGGGGCAGACAGGCAGAGUAUAAAGUCAGAGGAGCGGUUUCUGUGAUGCACACCGUCUGCAGGCCACUGAAGAUGAUGAGAUAUCUGGUGGGCUGGGGCGCGCUGGCCGUCUACAUGUGUGGGCUGAAUGCAGACUUGAUUGCCCAUUUACAUCAUCGGAUUCCAGGUUUUCUUGUUCGACCCUGCGUCUUUCCAUUUACCUACGAUGAUGCACUUUACUACAAUUGCAUCUCCGUUCACAGUGACUUUGCCUGGUGUUCUUUUGACCCUAAAUUCCAAGGCAGGUGGCGCUACUGCACUGCGGCGGAUCCUCCGAAAUGUACCUUUCCAUUCUACUUCAGAGGAGAAGUGUUUCACAAAUGCACCAAGAAGGGCUAUGUUUUGGAUCGCAGCUGGUGUUCGUUGUCAGCCAAUUACAACAAAGAUAGAAAAUGGAAGCAGUGCUCUCCUCUGAAUACUUAGAAAACCCAUGAUGUUUUGAAAGAAGAAGAAGAAGAAGUUACAGACUCAUUAACUGCCUCUCUAAAUAGAAC